AAAGGCCAGAGCAGCCGGACGAACCGCCCCGGCGCAGUUCAGGAUUUGGGCGGAGUUGCCGCUGCAAGCGUCGCCAUUUUCGAACAUCGAAGGCUUCGAGAGGCUUGUUCGUUCUUCGUGCUGUCGCGUCUCAACUGGGUUGGAAUGAACUCGGUAAUCUUCCUUCCCAGAAUGCCACGAUUUGCUUUUUCGAUCGAUCUCCAUGGGCCGCCUUGCUCUCGCUGGAAAGCCCGGUAAAGUUUGUUGAUCUGUGGAGCCCUCGGAAGGAAAGAAGUCGAGCAUGUGAUGAAGCAGGAGAUGGGUUCGGGAUCCCGGCGCACGCGAUCUCAGGCAGCUCCCGACUGGAGCGCCGGCGAUUUGCUAAUACUCGUGAAUGAGAUUGCGGCUGUCGAAGGGGAUUGCUUGAACGCGCUCUCUUCUUACCAGAAAUGGGAAAUAAUCUCCGAAAACUGCACUGCACUGGAUGUAGACAGGACUGCGAAUCAGUGCCGCAGGAAAUGGGAAUCCCUACUUGCUGACUACCGAAGGAUUAAGCAGCACGAGUCACGGUCCGGCAUCAAUUCAUAUUGGUCUCUGGGACAUGAUAGAAGAAAUGGUUUUGGCCUUCCCGAGACUUUUGAUAGGGAAUUGUUUGAAGUCAUCAAUAAUAUUCUUAUGGUCCAGGAAGAUAGAGCAGAUACAGAGCCAGACAGCGAUUCAGAAGCAGAAGGUGGCACGCCUGAAGCCGUUGCUUCCAAAUCUGGUUCUAAAAGGAAAAGAAAGAAGUCUGGACACAUCAUUGUGCAAGGACUCCCCACAACGAGCCCAUUAAAGGAUGAAAGUACGAGAUUCGGUGUCCCGAAGAAGCGUGGUGAGAGUACCUCAGGGUCCAAGAGGAUUAGCAAGAGGAGCAAGAGGAGCAAGAGAACCAAGACAAGAAAGAAGUCUAUGUCUCCGAAAAUUGUUGUGCAAGGACUGCCCACGACGAGCCCGUUAAAGAAUAACACUAUGGCGCUGCAAAUUACGAGCCCAUCGAAGGAUAACACUAUGGAACUCGACGUCCCAGGGAAGUGCAGUGACAAUAUAUUGGAAAAAAGGCCUCAAAUGUGGUGUGCGGAUGCUGACGUGCCGCAUGUGGAGAACCGUGAGGAAAAGAAGCUCGAGGAAAGCUGCUUCGACGAUGUGGGGAAAACAAGCGAAGACGAGCAGGAGCAGGCGAUGGCCUUGACGUUGCGAGAAAAUGCGGAGCUGAUCCAACGAAUCGUGGACGAGAGUCCGGCCCCGGAUCCGGGUUGUGGAUAUGUAGAUGUAAAGAGCGACGAGAACUGCAAAACCGAGUUCAUUAGAGGGCAAGGCGAUAAGCUAAUUGCUUGUCUUGGAACCAUCAUGGACACCCUUAGCCAGCUGUGUAACGUAGUUCAAGUCAAAGAACGUGACUAGUUAUUACAUGCUAGUAAAUGUAGUUUGGGACA